GCAGCUGUGACACUGGUGAACGCGAGGGACUAUUUUCCUUGGAGAGGAGAAGACUGAGAGAGGGUUGAAAGACGUUUUCAAAAUCAUGAGGGAACUGGAUAGAGUGGAUCAGGAGAAACUGUUUCCACCGAUAAGUGAGCCAAGAACCAGAGAGCACAGUUUAACGUGUUUUGCAAAAGAAGAAAAUUCGAGAUUUCCUUCUUCUCUGAAUAAAUGAAUUUGUCAUGAACACUGUUCAUCGGCAGCCUCAAAUUCAAGUUCGUAAAGACAAGUGUAUUUCCAGGGAUGAGUUUUUAUCUUUGCUAAGAACAUACAAUUGUUUUUGUCAAGAUAACAAGAAUUUACAACUGACGUAUUCUGAUAAUAAUGGAAAGGUUAUCCUAGAAGGCGUAUUAGAUAUUUCAUGGGGUGUGCACCAACUAAUAAGAUUUCAGAUUGAUGAUGAGAAAUCUACACCAUCACCAAUUGCAAUCCAAAUUGCUGAUACCACAAUGAAUAAAAGAGGAAUGACACGCUGGGGAGAGUUUGACAACUUGUACAACAUUGCUGAACUGGAAGAAGAAACUAUGCCAGAAGGCAAGGAACAAGGGCCAAUCCGGCAGCUAGUCUUUGAAAGCAGUACGUUAAAACCAAAACGGAACCCAGAGCCAGAAAGUGGCAACUUAAUACGUACCAGAAGUGAUGCAUCACUGGUGAAGAUGAGGGUUAAGGACCAAGCAGUGACUGCAGCAAAGAAAGCGCAGCGUCAGCGGUUUUCCAUUAACGGUCACUUCUACAAUUACAAGACUUCUAUUUUCACACCAGUCAAAGGCUCUGUGACUAAUGUGAGAAUCAACAGCACAAUGACAACCCAGGAGGUAAUAGCAUUACUGCUACAAAAGUUUAAGAUAGAAAAUGAUCCAAAUGAUUUUGCAUUGUAUGUUGUUCACGCAAAUGAAGAAAAGAAAAAGCUGAAGGUCACAGCAUUUCCAUUGUGGGAAAGGUUGCUUCAUGGACCAUCACGGGAAAUUGUGAAAAUAUUUUUAAUGGACAAGGAUGCAGAAGAAAUCAGCACUGAUGUAGCUCAGUAUAUCAAGUUUGAAAUUCCUGCCUUAAAAACACUUCUUCAGAAACUAAGUGAGGAGGAGCAGAUAAUUAUUGGAGAAAUCAAGGACCGCCAACAUUUCAUUUGGAAGCCUGCAUUUCUCCAGGGAAACUGUGUUUUUCUAGGAGGCUGCUUUUCUCUUCAGAGACUGUAUUUGUCUGGCAGACCAUCGCACCCUGAUAAUGAUCUCCUACAACCUCUUCCGUCAGGCAGAAGAUAUGGAACCUUAAACGCAUGCACCAGCAGAUACAAAGUGGAGAAAAGGUCUUUGAUCCAGCUUUUGCACAAACGGAUGAUGGUGAGGGCAGAAACUUCAGUUUAAGAAGCAGAUCCUUCACCGAGAAAUUAGAUGUCUGUGUGCAGUGAUAUGUAACUGGAAUCAAUCAUAGAAUGCAUAAGUGCCUCAUUUUAAUGGGAAUGGCACACUUUAAAAUGAUGGAAAAGUUAUGGCAUGGAAACAGACCACUUGACCCAUCAUGUUUGCACCAGAACUAUUUGUAUUUAGUCUGACCUGCAAUCAUGAAACUAUUGGCCCAGACCUUCCUCUGGACAAGCACUCUUCUUGUCAUCGUGACAUCUACAGCAGAAAAAGGGCACAGUGAAGUAAAUCACUUAUGACUUCAAUUGAGUCACUCCAUAUUUAUCAGGAACCUUUGUGCCACUCCACUGUGACCCUUAUUGAACACUAAGGAAGCCAUUAUCAUUGCACUGUCCCACUGAAAUCAACAUUCAUCACAAUUUUGCUGCAUUUGAGCCACUUUUCAUGGAUAUCACUCAGUACAACAAAUAAUGGGAGGUGAUGGCUUGGCUCUGGAGUCAUAUUGACUAUAACAUAUUCAUUGAAUUAGACUUUGAUUUUUAAACGAUGCUGCAAAUGCCUGCAGCCCAAGCAACAACCUUUUUGUUUGGAUACUCUUCCAUGAAUUGCUUUGAAAUGUUUAUCCACAUUAAAGACACCAUAUAAAUCCAGGUUGUUGUAACAUUGCAGCAAUGACUAUGCUCCAAAGGUACCUUAUUACCUUUCUUAGUGUUUUUCUUAGUAAAAGCUAUCAAAGAAUCAUAAACUAAUUACCAUUUAGCUGCCUUCAGAGCUAAAAAUAAAAUCAAUUUUAGAAAAUAUUCAAUGGUCAUUUUGUAUUAACUUGCUUUAUUAAUUGACAUUUCUUACAGCUCGUAUAAAUGCAUGACUAAUCAGUUACUUAAAUAAGACCGUAUAAUUGAAACUUAGGAUACACAAUCCAAGCUACAAUAUUAUGUAUUUUAUAUGUUUUUUCUGCCAUAAAUAAAAAGUGAACUGCUCAA